UCGAGGAGACAUGGCGGAUAGAGCGGAGUGUGUGAGCGGAGCCUCUGAUAAAGCAGGUGUCGGAGAGCAGAGCUGUGUGGAUGAGCAGGUGGAGACGGAGAGAGCAGGGGAGGAGGAAGGAGCCGGGCUGUCCAGCCGAGUGUACACAGCCACCUCACUGUCCCUGGGAGCCGAAACCCAGAGCCCCCUCAUAACCUACCCACUGACUCUGAACUGGGCCAUUGGAAUAAACAGGUCUCUCCCUGUCUUCAGCCUCAUGGAUCAAGAAGACAGACUCACCAUCCUGUAUGCUUGUUCUCGUGUGGCUGUCAUAUACGACCACACAUCUAACUCACAACGACUCUUACAAGGUCACUGCAACACUAUUUCCUGCCUGUGUGUCAGUGAGGACAGGCGCUGGAUUGUGACCGCUGAUGAUGGGGGCGACGAGAGCCUCGUGAUCGUAUGGGACUCAUACACAGGGAUUCCGGUUCGCACCAUGUUCGAUUGCCACCCUGAGGGCGGUGUAGCCGCUGUGGCACUGUCCGAGGAUUCAAAGUAUCUGGUGACUGCUGGAGCCGGAGCUGUGCAGAGAGUCUGUAUCUGGGAUUGGACUAAUGAGACUGAAAGCCCAGAAUGCCAGGUUGAAGUCAGCCCAAAAUUUGGUUGCCAGAAACUCAUCUUAUUCAACCCUACUGACAGCCAUCAGCUACUCAGUAACAGUGAAAGUCAUGUCCUGUUUUACACCUGGGAUAAAGAAAUUAUGCAAUAUGAAGCACCUGACAUCUUUAAGAAAUUUAAAAUGCCAGCGGAUCGCUUCAGUCAGUCUGUCUUCCAUGUGCAAGGCAUGCAGGCUUUCUCAUGUACACUCUCAGGCAAUGUUGUGUUGUUCAGUGUGCUGAGGUCAGACACAGGCCAAGUGUGUACAAUGAAAGCACACAAAGUAAUUUCGCUGCAGAAGGUUGGGAUUACUGCAAUGACGCUGUGUGACAGGUUUAUUGUGACGGGUGAUGUAAAAGGCCACAUUUCAUUUUAUGAUGAGAAUUUCAAGAUCAUUAGCUCCUUAGCUAACCUCAAUUUGGACCCCAUCGAAUCCAUCUCCUCGGCGAAGGAUAUUUCUAUCUCUAGUGCUGUUGCAAAGGAAGAAGAGCGCAUUUUAAGCACCGCACGAUUUGUCAGUAGAAAUCUUGUCGUGUCCACCGUGAGCGCAGCUGUGGUACAUGUGAACACUCAGAGCAGAACCGCUCAGACUUUAAUGAAAGAACACUCUGAGCCAGUGCACGCAGUCGCCUGUCAUCCUAAACAUUCAGUUUUAGCGACGGGAAGCCAUAGUGGUGUCCUGAUGGUUUGGGAUUAUGAGCGCAAAGUGACUGUCUGCAGCAGAAUCUUCCAUACAGAUGAGCAGAUCCACUGCGUCACCUAUGAUCCUAAAGGCUUUUACCUGGCCGUAGGUUUUGUCAGUGGGGUUGUGAAAGUUCUGAAUUCGUGCAGUUUAAGUGAAGAAGAAGAGGGGAGCUUUAACUGCAGUUAUGACUGCAUUACCCAUCUCUCUUUCUCCCACGACUCCUCCUACCUGGCUGCUGCGGAUGCUGGGAAAGCUGUGUUGGUGUUUCACUUAUGUAAGGAGGGCAGUCAGUGUGUGUGGCAGUACCUCGGGAAACAUCGCUCUCACUACAAGCCCAUUCAGGACCUGCUGUUCGGGGUGUACCUGGACAGUACCAUGCCGCGCCUCCUCUCCCUGGGCAUGGAUCGCAGACUAGUUGAGUACGACCUGCAGAACAGCAGAAAGGAUGACUUGUUGAUCCUCAGCUCGGAACGCAUCGAGCAAAGUGCCGUCCCGACGUGCAUGGCCUGGUAUCCACCUUUAACCACGGAGCACUUCUUACUUAUUGGCUCUGACAUGUACAAACUCAAACUUCUCAAUGGCACCACAAAGAUGUGCCGAAAAACAGUGCUUGGGCCCAUAUAUGGUUCUCCUAUAAAAAAGAUACUGAUCCUGCCAGCGACUAAGGACGGGGAUCCUAAAUCACGUUAUAUGGCUUAUAUAACGCAGGAUAAGGUUGGGGUUCAGAUCCUGCCUCUUGACGGAAACCCACACAAGUCUUCAGCACUGAUAUGCCACUCUUCAGGAGUCUCACAUCUGACAUGCUCUCAUGAUGGCAGAUACAUUUUCACCGCUGGUGGCGGGGACAAGGCUGUCUUCUUGUGGCAGAUCAGCCGUCCUGCAUUAGAUGCAGCUGCUGCUUUGAGAGGAAAAGGCCUGGUUCCCUUUUACACUCUUUUAGAAGGAGGGAGAGAUGGAGAGCUUUUUCAGGCCAUAAAGGAUUUAUUUUAUUACUGUCGGUUGCGCAGUCAAGGCAUCGACUCGAUGGAAACCAGACAGGUGUCGAAUCAUAUCCCUCUUUCUGAAGUUCCCUAUCUCCUCAGAGCACUUGGCUUCUACCCAACAGAGCAAGAGUUGGAAGACAUUCAGAAUGAGGUCAAAUUCAGUCGUUAUGCAGAGACAGGAAAGUAUGUAUCUGACAUUGACCUGGAGGAAUUUAUUAAGUUGUAUAUUAACCACCGUCCAGCCUUGGGAAUCUCCAAGCAAGACCUCUACAAAGCUUUCCAGGUGCUGGGCAUGCCAGAUGAGAACGACAAACCAGUUAUCACCCGAGAAGAGCUUCUGGAGUUACUCCAAGCUAGAGGUGAGCACAUGACUGAGGAGGAGCUGUCUGAAUGCUUCGUGAGCUUGUUUGGCCUCGGUGAAGAGGAAGAACAAUCUGAAACACAGACAUCUGAGUAUAAAGACUCUGAGCUAGUAUUGGAAAGCGAGUUACCCCCAAACAUCACCAUGGACACGUUUGCCACGGACAUCCUGCAAUUUCCCACGAGGACUCAUGAGUUCCCUGCAGAACAGCAGCCCUUGUCCUCAAGGACUUCUAAGGCCUCUUUUAAGACUGAGUGAGCACACUCGUUUUAGGAGUUACUUUAUACUGCAUGGAAUACUGCAGUAGGUAAAAGUUCAAGCCUAAAAAAUAUGCAGUUUUCUUUGUUUCUCUGAUAUUUGCUUACCUACUGAACUAAUUUGACAAGGGAAUAUGUUUAUAUGAGAUAAUGUGUAAAUAAAGUCAUGGAAAUUAAUAAAGAAUAAAACAAAACACGACAGGAAUUUAUAUACAAUACUGCGCACCAUAUUAUCUGUAGAACAAAUGUUACUGUUUACCUUGUCUGCAUUAUUAUGUACAAAGCCAUUCACUAUUUGCAAACUGAAUGAAUGUUUAAAUAAAUUACGUUGCGGAAGAAUAUUUUCAUGGCUGUGAAGAAUACAACAUAUUACACGCCAGUUGACGCACAGAGGAAAACAAACGGUUUCUGCAUGAAAAAAGAAAGGAGCAAGUGUGACAAGAGCACCAGAAGAUCUCUGGCAUAUCCUCCAGCACGCUCAGUAAAACCUAACAAUUGAUUUACUUAUUUGUAAGACUUUUAACAGUGGUCAUUGUUGCAAAGCUGCUUUCCUAAAGUAAAACAAAUGAA